UCUUAAGUUUUUAGUAAAGACCAAGAACUUUCCUCUUCUCUACCUCAGCACUACCAAUCAACUCAACCCAAAAAUUCUUAUCAUCAUCACAAACAAACCCUUCUUCACUCUUCACAAUUCCACUUCUCUCAUUCCACCACAAACUCUCUCAACAAAAAAACAAAAACAUGAAAUCAUUGAUCAUCUUCAAAACAAUUACAAUUACAAUUACAACCCUUCUCUACUUUUCCCUCACCCUUCUCCACCUCCAAGCCUACGACCCAAUUGACCGUUUUACCCUCAAUUGUGGUACAACAGGAAACUCUACCGACGGAGAAAGAACAUGGACAGGUGACACAAACUCAAAACUUUUGAAAACACUUUCUGUUUCAAUUUUAGGGACAACAACACAACAAACACCAACUUCAGUAAACAAAAACCCUUAUUCAACAGCAAGGUUGUCACGUGAACAAUUCAAUCACUCUUUCUCCGUUGGUAAAGGUCCAAAAUUUCUCCGUCUUUUUUUCUACCCUUCAAAUUAUAACGGUAAUUUCAACCGUUAUGAUGCUUUUUUCACCGUUGAAUCUAACGGAUUCACACUUCUUAAGGAUUUUAAUGCUUCACUUAACGCUGAUGUUGAAGGUGUUGGUACUUUAUUCAAAGAAUAUGUUAUUAAUGUUGGUGAUGAUGAUGAUCAAAGGCUUGAUUUGAGUUUUAUUCCAAGUGGAGGAAACUCUAACAAUUAUGCUUUCAUCAAUGGAAUUGAAGUCUUAUCUAUGCCUAGUGAUCUUUAUUAUACAUCAUCUAAUGAUAAUGGAAUUUCACUUGUGGUGGGGCCCACCAUUUCCCAAUACGAUCUUCAAACCACUUUUGCUCUAGAGACAGAUUACAGGAUCAGAGUUGGAGGGCAAGCAAUCUCAGCCAAGCAAGACACAGGCUUGUUCAGAAAAUGGAACGGCAACGACGAAGACUAUUUAAGAACACCAACAUCACGCGAUUCUCUCCCAGCAGACGUAUCAGGUACGAGGAACAUCACAGUAAAUCCUGAUUACGUGGCACCUAAAGACAUCUACAGAACAGCACGUGAGAUGGGCCUCAACGGAACUCUCAACAAACUCUUAAACCUAACUUGGGAAUUCCCUGUUGAUUCUAGCUUCUAUUACAUGAUCAGGCUCCACUUCUGUGAACUCGACCCCAAAAUAACUAACGUAGGCGAUAGAGUCUUCAACAUCUAUUUACAAGGACUCAUGGCAGAACAAAAUGCUGAUGUCAUGAGUUGGACCUCAAAUCAAAAAGGGCUUGCAGUGCAAAAAAACUACGUCGUUUUCAUUCCGAAUAACGGUAACAAAACAGAACACCUCUCCAUUCAAAUGCAUCCCGUUGAUAACGCUCACAUAACCAUAUUCAGUGACCCGUUUUUAAAUGGACUUGAAAUUUUCAAGAUCAGCAACGUCACUUUAAAGAGCCUAGCUGGACCUAACCCGGACCCGGUCCAACACCCGAUUCAAGAUCCGAAACCGAAAAAGAGCAACAAAAGCAUAAGUGGAACGACGAUUAUUGGUGUCGUUUUGGGAGUUAUAUUCGGCGUCGUUUUAUUUUCCCUUGUCGUCGUUUUCUUCGUUUUGAAAAGAAAAAGAGAAACGACUACUAUAACAACCACAGCGAAGGAUUCAAAAAGGUCUUCUCGAACUUCAAAGUGGGGCCCACUGUCGUUUGCAACGACGAAAUCGUCCAACACUCAAAACUCAUCUCUACCGUCGGAUCUAUGCCGUUACUUUUCUCUCCUCGAGAUUCGCGCCGCCACGAACAACUUCGACGAACUCUUCAUCGUCGGCGUUGGAGGAUUCGGCCACGUGUACAAAGGCUACAUCGACAACGGUUUAACAGCGGUUGCUAUCAAACGGCUCAAACCGGGUUCACAACAAGGCGAAAACGAGUUCAUCAACGAGAUUGACAUGUUAUCGAAGCUUCGUCAUCUUCAUCUCGUUUCUUUAAUCGGUUACUGCAACGAGAAUAAUGAGAUGAUAAUCGUCUACGAUUUCAUGGCGCGUGGAACGUUACGCGACCAUCUCUACAAAACAGAAAAUCCUUCACUUUCAUGGAAACAACGGUUGCAGAUUUCAAUAGGUGCGGCGCGUGGGUUACACUACCUUCAUACAGGAGCAAAACACACUAUUAUCCACCGCGACGUGAAAACGACGAAUAUUCUGUUAGAUGAGAAAUGGGUUGCGAAGGUUUCUGAUUUUGGGCUUUCGAGAGUUGGGCCUAUUGGUAUGUCUAAGGCCCAUGUUAGCACUGUUGUUAAAGGGAGCAUUGGUUAUUUAGAUCCUGAGUAUUAUAAACGACAGCGUUUAACUGAGAAAUCUGACGUGUACUCUUUUGGAGUGGUUUUAUUUGAGAUACUCUGUGCUCGACCGCCUCUGAUUAGAACUGCUGAAAAGAAACAGGUGUCACUUGCUGAUUGGGCGAGCCAUUGUUAUAAAAAUGGGACCCUCGGGAGUAUAGUGGACCCUGCAAUAAAGGGAAGCAUAGCACCUGAGUGUUUGAGAAAAUUCGGUGAGAUUGCGGUUAGUUGUUUGUUGGACGAUGGAACGCAUAGGCCGUCAAUGAACGACGUCGUUUGGAUGUUGGAGUUUGCGUUACAGUUACAAGAGAGUGCGGAACAACGUGAGCGUGGUGUUGUUGAUGUUGGAAUUGAUGACGUGGCAGGAGGAAAAGAGGAAAAUGAUGACGUGGCAGGAGAAAAAGAGGAAAAUGAUGACAUGUCCAGUUAUGGGACCAGUGUGGGACUGAUUUCAGAUUUAAAUAAGAGUAGUCAAGUGAGUGAGAGUACUACAACUAGUGCUAGUAGAGAGCAAAGCUAUAGUUAUUUUAAUACUAGUAAGGAAAGUGUUUUCUCUGAAAUCAUGAACCCAAAAGCACGGUAAAUUUCUCAGAAUUACUGUUAGUUGCGAUAAUUUUAUUCAAGUUAAAAUGUAUAGUUUUUUUUAAAAUCGCAGCGCUUGGUCGUGAUUUUUACUAAACAUGUAUUUAAUCGGAUCAUUAUGUAUAAUGGAAUUUUAGUAUACUAUUUAUAAGGCAAAGUUUUAGGUUUGAAGACUAA